AUGCAACAACACAAUUCCUAUCAAACUGUUUGCAUUCCAAUUGAUAUUUGCACAAAUCAAUUUUGUUCUGAAUUCGUGCUGCCACUUGUCAAUAGAGUUGAUCCAAAUCAAUUCCGUUCGACAAUUGAUAACUGUUCCUCUAUCUUACAGAAACACAUUCCAAGAAUCAGUAGAGACUCCCAUAAGAUGCUAGUUUUCCUAACCGCACUGUCAGGUGUCUUUUUACUUUUGGCAUUUAUUGCUCUUGUUAUAGUAUUUGUAAUUCCACAUGAAUAUUUCUGGCUUCCAGUAAUUCCAAUGCCAUUCUUUAUGAUUAUUCCAAUGGUUGUCUGUUUUGUGUCCUCUAAACGUAAUGAUUCCAAUGUGAGAAUGAUUAAUUUCGAAUGCAAAAUGGAAUUAGAAAGGUUUCUUCGAAGUGAAAAUGAUUCGUAUUAUUUACAAUGUGGAGUUCAGUGGAUUUUGAGAUACGAUAUGUUUUCAGAUGAGGAGAAUGCUGAAAAUGCUUAUAAUCAUUUGGGAAAAAUUCCAUACUUGGAAUUAUUAAUUAUGGAUCGACCAAUGGUUCAUAAAAAUCCACAAAAUGAUGGAAGUAAAUUGGUUCAACAAGAUUUUGGUCAACCAAUUGCAGUAUAUAAUGUUGAACAAGAACCUAAUGGUGUAAUUUAUCAACAACAAGAAAUGAAUUCGUACGAAAAGGAAAAUGAUCAAGAACAAUUGCUAUAG